AUGGCUCCCCCCACGAAUGGCCCCAACUUGGAUUCUGUUAUGAUUCACGGACUCCAAAGUGAAAUCGUCAUAGCUGUAAUGGGCACUACUGGAACGGGGAAAUCAUCGUUCAUUAAACUUCUCACAGGCAAUAAUAGCGUCAGGAUCGGCACUAGUCUCGAGUCAGAGACUAGCAAUGUACAGAUCAUUCGCUUUUGUGAUGCCUCCAGUGGCCGCAACGCGACUAUUGUCGAUACGCCUGGCUUCGACGAUUCUCGAGCAGGUGUCACCGACACGGAUAUCCUUAGGACCAUAACCGAUUUUUUGCUCAGAAUACGACGAGAACCGAAAGCUGAAUGGCCUUGUAUACCUCCAGCGGAUUUCCGACCCCAGAACGUCGUGGUCCUGACCACGUUCUGGGACCAACUCCCAUCAGAGGAGGAGGGUAUCAAGCGAGAGGGACAGCUCAAGGCGAGGUUCUUCAAAGAUCUUGUCGAUGGAGGCGCCUGCUUCAUGAGACACGACCGCUCCAUCGAAAGCGCCUGUCGUGUCCUUACCCAUAUUUUCAUGUUGGUACCCGCGAUCGCCCAGAUCCAAACCGAAAUUCGUAUCGAGGGCAAGAUGCUUGAGGACACCUCCGCUGGCUCCGUGCUUCGAGAAGAAGUGGAGCGCAUCAUCGCCAAACACAGGAAAGAGGUAGCGGAGCUCAAGGCAGAAAUUGAGACGAUACGAGAGGGUGAGAGAGCUAUGAGGGGAGAGCUAGAGGAGGAGCGGGUCAAGCUGCAGCAAGCGUUGGUCCGAUGGGAGAACGAGCGAUCAGAGCUGAAGAAAGGUCUGGCUGAGGCGAAGAAAUCUCGCGAGCGCCUGGAGGAACAGACUUCGAACCUGCAGGCUCAGUACAAUCAACGGAAGAAUACCCGCCAAGAAACGUACAAGACGGCGGGCGGAAAGGUGGUCAUAAGAGCAGAGUCUCCUCCACCACCCUACGAAGAGCGCAACUCGUUACAACGCAAAUUCUCUGGUUCGGCAGGAGACAAGUUCGAGUUCACGCACUCCGACAGGUACCCGCCUUACCUCAAAUGCAUCCCACGGAAGUAUCAAACUGGCGUUAUGGAGAUCUUCAACUUCACGUCGCUCAUGGAGACCACGGCGAUGCUCUUUAUCCAACCAGAACUGUUGGUCAAGCUCCGGUAUCUGGCGCCCGAGGCAGAUUCGAUCUGCUGCAUGCAAGACCUCAUCGACCGCAACUACCGACUUCACGAGAAAUCCAGGCAGAUCGCCGGUGCCAAGGGCGACCGCGACAUGUAUUAUAGCAAGAACAUUGGGCAUCGCGACGACUGGUAUACGGACUCAGCCUUUGGGCAGCAGCAGUUGACCGGAACCAAUCCCACCACCAUCACCCUGGCACCUCAACAAUGGAUCGACAAGUUCAAAUCCGUCGCGCAGAUUCAGCAACGUGUUGAUAUAGCCAGGCUUCUCGACGACGAUGCUGAGUGCCUUUACAUACAGGACUACAGCGACUUCCGCUCCGUCAUGGGCGUCUCUGCCAGCGCGGAUUUCAUGACAGAUGGGCGGUAUGGCUGUGCUGCUGUCGUACUCUUCCACCUCGAGCCCGAAGGCCAGCUGCAUCCCUUGGCCAUCGUUAUCGAUUACAAGGGUAGCAUGGACCGGUCUGUGUGCAUUUUAAAUCGCCGCAUUCUGUCAACGAGUGCCGGUGACGAGGCUUUAGAUUGGCCCUGGCGUUACGCGAAAAUGUGUGCCCAAGUUUCCGAUUGGCUUCGUCAUGAAGUCGCUGUCCACCUUGUCAACACACACCUCGUCGAGGAGGUCGUUAUCGUCGCAGCACAUCGCACAAUUGACCCUGCCCAUAUAAUCUUCAAACUUUUGGAGCCACACUGGCAAACCACCCUCUCGCUUAACGAAGCAGCUCGUUUGACUCUAGUGCCCAAAAUCAUCAUCGGGAUGGUUGGCUUCACUCACGCGCAAACGUACGCCUUCCUCAAGGCCGCAUAUAGCAAGUUUGAUUGGACCAACUGCUACGUCCCGAACGACCUACGCAGGCGUGGCUUCCCCAUCGAGGACUUGGACAAAUUCAAGUACCACAAUUGCGGCUACGCACGCAACAUCGCUCGCAUGUGGGACAUUAUACGAAAUUUUGUCUGUUUGGUCCUCACAGGUGCUUAUGGUGAUGAUGAAGACGUGGCUAACGACAAGGACCUCGCUGCUUUCUGUCGGGAAAUCCGCUCGCAAACGGGGGGCCAGCUAUUCAGCUUCCCUGACAUCGAGACUUUGGAUGACUUGAUCGACUUUGUCACUAUGUGCAUUCACGUAGCGUCACCACAACAUACUGCUGUCAACUAUCUGCAGCAGUAUUACCAGACGUUCAUCCCCAACAAGCCAGCAGCUCUCUAUACCCCGCUUCCGAAGUCGUUGUCACAGCUUCAGAACUUCGGAGAGAAGGAGAUAUUGGCGGCGCUUCCAAUUAAUCGACCCCGGGAUUGGUUGGUUAUGGCACAAGUGCCGUACUUGUUGUCGUUUGAAGUUCCAGACGACAGCAACAUCCUCCAUUACGCUGUGACGACAUGCCAGUCGACCUCGAGCCCAGCCAUCAUCCGCGAUGCGGCUAGAGUGUUGAGGGACGACCUCGAAGACUUCAUCAGCACUGUUGUGCAGAAUAGCGAAGGAUUGGAUGAUCAACAAACACCAUACCUUGUCCUGGAUCCCAGCAAGACUGCAAUAUCGAUCCUCAUCUGA